AUAAUUCAAGAACCAGUCUUUUUGGGUUAUCCCCAAUGUGAUUUUUGCUGGGGUUUGACCAAAGUUGUGGGUUUUAAGUGUCUAAACAUUGCUGGGUUCAUGAGAAAUUGUUAAAUUUUAAGUUUUUCAGAAUUUUUAAUUAGUUGUGUGUACUUAAUUUGGAUUGUUCCCCCCUUUAGAAUGUUCUGUCUGGAUACAACUUUGCAACAUUUUUUGCAUUAUUUAACAAUUUGUUGAGUUGAUCCCACAUCUCAAAGUGAAGAAAUUGAAGAAACUCUCUUUCUUUGUGUACUUAUUCUUUGAAUAAUACAAUUAUUCUUUGAAUAUGAGAUCCCAUGGUCUUAUGUGAUUUGUUUGUCUGGAUGGGGUGUGAUUUGCCAAGAAUGAUUGUUUUAGAACAAAUGGCUUGAUUGUGUGUUUUUGUUUUUUCUCAUGUUCUCCAGAAACCGAGGGCAUAGGUCGGAUUUGUUGUUUACUGGCUCGGAUGCAGACUCCGUCGUACUUGCCAUUAAGGUGGGAGAGUACCGGGGACCAAUGGUGGUUUGCCUCUCCCAUAGAUUGGGCUGCUGCCAAUGGGCACUAUGAUCUGGUGAGGCAGCUUCUUCGCCUCGACACGAGCCUUCUCUUCAAACUCACCUCCCUGAGGCGGACCCGCCGCCUAGAGACGGUCUGGGAUGACGUGGGCCCGCACUCCGAUGACGUGGCGAAACGCCGGUGCCAUGUGGCUAGAAAGCUCCUCCUCGAAUGCGAAACCAAGAAGGGCCACAACUCUCUCCUCAGAGCCGGCUAUGGCGGCUGGCUUCUCUACACGGCUGCGUCCGCGGGUGACGUGGCGUUCGUCAAGGAAUUGUUGGCGCGGGACCCACAUUUGGUGUUCGGGGAGGGGGAGUACGGGGUCACGGACAUACUCUACGCUGCGGCUCGGAGUAAGAGCUCCCGGGUGUUCAGGCUUCUGUUUGAUUCUUCGAUCUCGCUACUUAAGGAGGAGAACGGGCACGGAUCGGAUGAGGGUCUGAAGAUGGAGAUGGUGAAUCGGGCGGUUCACGCCGCCGCUAGAGGAGGGAAUGUGGAGAUCCUGAGGGAACUUCUAUUGAACUGCUCAGAUGUUUUGGUUUAUAGGGAUAGUAUUGGAUCUACUCUCUUGCAUUCUGCUGCAGGCACAGGGCAGGUUGAGGUUGUUAAGAUGCUAUUAGCAACAUAUGACAUCACUAAUUCCCGAGAUCAUCAAGGCAACACCGCACUCCAUGUGGCUGCUUACAGAGGACACUUACCCAUUGUUGAAGCUCUCAUAUCCUCUUCCCCUUCACUGGUACCGCUAACAAACAAUCACGGCGACACAUUUCUUCACAUGGCCGUGUUUGGCUUCAGAACGCCGAGUUUCCAUAGGCUGGACCGGAGGAUGGAGAUGAUGGAACGGCUGUCCCGCGGGAGGGCCGUGGAAUCCGUUAUCAAUGCGAGGAACAACGAGGGCAAGACCGCUCUUCACGUUGCGGUUUCCGAGAAUGUCCAGGCAAACGUAGUGGAACUUUUGAUGUCAGUUUUUUCGAUCGGCUUGAAUGUUGUUGAUGAUGAUGGAUGCACGCCGUUGGACCUCCUCAAGCGACGCCCGCGGUCCCGUUCUUCAGACGCGCUGAUCAAGCGGUUCGUCUCGGCUGGAGGAACUUCGGAUGACCGGAAUCGGACGGGCGUUUUUGCUUCACGCGUGAAAAUGCAGGGUGCCGUUGGCAGCCCGGGGACUUCCUUUAGGACUCGUGAUCCCAAAAUAUUCUUGCGUACCGGCAUGGAGAAAGGGCGUUUUGGUAAUCUUGAUCUCUCAAGCUCGGGAUCGAGCGAAACGAGCCCGAACUUCGCACGCAAAAAGAAACUGAAGUUUCUUAUGGAGUGGCAGCGGAAGAGCGAGAAGGAGAGCGAAGAUAGCGGGCCCCACGAGUCCCGAACGCCGCGUCGUUCGAGAUGGCGAGAGAACCCCGGAGUCUCGCUGCGAGAGAGAUUUACGAGAAUGCCCUCCCCUCCGAGCCCGUCUACCAAGAAGAAGUUUGAAGUGCAGUCAAGGCAGGGGGAAAUCAUCAAUGACUUGUUGGGGAAUGGGGAAAAGACGAAAGUGGACGUGGGGUGCAAAAGCAACCCCUUUAACAAGAAGGUGAUGAACCAGGUGUUCUGCCUCGGCGCCGAGGGCAUUUCUGUCUAUAACCCGGGGAGGUUCAAACCACAGCUGGUUCAGUGUUGCAAACAAGCUGUUGCCACCUAAGUUAUGACAUGUUUUUUUGUGAGUAAAAAAACUUUUCCGGACUUACAGUCACAAAGUUAUUUAACACGGUAUCAGAGUCUUGUUGAUCUGAAGGUCACAAGUUUGAACCUAACCGAUGCCCAAUUUAAAAUAAAUAAAGAAAUUAAUUUUCACGUA